CCACUACUUAGCCUGUAAAGUAAAAAACGCUGGCCAUCGACGAUGUCCACCAAAUCCGAAGUGGUCCACAGGAUACACGGAUCAGAAUUGAGAAGAAAAGAAAAAAACAUGAAAAACAGAUCUGGCAACUCACCAUUUCAUUGUAAGCUGAUCGGCAAGCGGUUCUACACCCAAACACGGAUGUGGAUAUGGUGAUGCAAAGCAUUAGUAUGUACACAUCACAGUAAUGUCUGGUGGUACGCCCCCCGCACCUAAGAGCUUUGGCUCUCGCUCCCCGCACCUCCAGCUAUUGACUUGCCGUCUGCUGUAUGGACACUUGGAAUAAAGCAUCAUUUGGCAAAUACUUCUCAGUGGAAAUAAGUGAGGAGACACAAGGCAAAAACUUCACCACAAUCGAUGAAUUUAUUCUGGCCGGUCUCACAGAUGUUUCGAAGAUACAGUGUUUACUGUUUGUAUUGUUUUUAUGUAUCUACGCAACAACCGUCUUUGCUAACCUGUUCAUCAUUUUUGUGGUUCGAUUUAGUCCCAAUCUACAGACACCUAUGUACUUUUUUCUUGCCAAUUUCUCCUUUUUAGAAAUAUGUUACAUCACUUCCACAGUUCCCAAGAUGCUUUCCAACUUUUUAACUACGUGUAAAACCAUCACUUUUUAUGGGUGUGUUGUGCAAAUGUAUUGGUUUCUUCUUUUAGGGGGAGCAGAGUGUUAUAUGCUUGCAGCUAUGGCCUAUGACCGGUAUAAUGCCAUAUGUAACCCCCUUCAAUAUACUAUUAUUCUCAGCAGGAAGGUUUGUAUUCAGCUCAUAUCGGGCUCAUGGCUCAUUGCGGCAGUCAACGCCCUCAUACACACCGUGCUCACCUUUACGUUGCCUUUUUGCAAUAAGAAAAUUGAUCAUUUUUUCUGCGAUAUUCCUCCUUUACUUAAACUGUCGUGUUCCGAUACCUGGUUCAAUGAAAUUGCCAUUUUUAUGAUCAGUGGGUUGGUUAUUGUAGGGUCCUUUAUACUGACCAUGAUCUCUUACAUAAAGAUCAUAUCCACCAUUGUCAAUAUGAAGUCAACCACCAACAGGAGAAAGGCUUUAUCUACUUGUGUGUCCCAUUUUACAGUUGUAGUCAUAUUUUUUGGUUCCGGAAUUUUUAUGUAUUUUAGACCAAAAUCCAGCUACUCCAUGGCCCAAGACAGGUUAAUCGCUGUGAUGUAUACAAUCAUUGCACCGCUGCUAAAUCCAUUCAUAUACACAUUUAGAAAUGCAAAUGUAAAGAUUGCCAUGAAAAGACUGAUGCGUCAAAUGAAUAUUGCUCAGAAAUACUGAAUGGACUUUCUGCAGAUAUUUCCUUCAGUCUCUGCAGUAUGAUGUCCUGUUGAGUGUUUGUUGAUUGCCCUUUUAUCUGAGCCAUCCUACAAAGACACUGCUCCCUGCAAGAGUACCGCUGCUACUGACAUCUCAUGGUUGAACCACCAUUUUGUGUAUUUUAUACUUCCUGGGUAUAAUGCCACAAAGUUUCCACACCUGGAUUUGAGACCGUUGGUGGAAGCCUGAUUGCAGAAAGAUGGGGAGAAAAUCGAUUUUUUUUUAAUUUUAUUUUAGCGCAAAGCCACAACAUAGCAAAAUGGGAAAAAAGUGAAAGGGUCUGAAAACUUUCCGAAUGCAUUGUAAAUUUACAACUCUUGUAUACACAUAUAGCAGAAGGCAGUAUGCCACUUUAAAUACAUAUAGCGCAACCCCACAUUGGCAGGAGCAUCAUGGGUAUCUUACUUUUUUAUUUAUUUUAAAUGGCUGUUGUGGCCAACUGGUCAUCUCCUUUGGAUAACAACUAUUAGAUAAUAAAUAAUUUGCCAAGUUUGUGUUUUGUCAAAAA